ACGAGGUUUCCUGCCUCGCGCGCUAGAGGGUCUUCCUGUUGGAUUGUAAAAUGGCGCAUUGUUGUGAGAACGGCAUCGCGUCUAUUUAGCAAAGAUAAUGAAGCCGACUGGAUAAUUUUACCGUAUUUGCACUUAAUAAUGUGACUUGUGCAUAGUCGUAGGGCAGAUUUAACAAAGUGGUUAAUUCAUAAGCGUGCAAACGUCUUCUUUCAGAUAGCAUUAUCGGCUAAACUUUGGAUGUUAGCAUUUGCUAGCUAAUAUUUCACUAGCUUCGCUGCAGCUUUUCUCCGGGUCAGUGGAACAAAUACUGAGAAGAUGGGCUACUUGAAGCUUAUAGAGAUCGAAAACUUCAAGUCGUACAAAGGACGGCAGAUCAUUGGACCUUUUCACAAGUUUACUGCGAUUAUUGGACCCAAUGGAUCAGGUAUGUUAUGGUCUGGAAAAAACUCGCGGCUAAACGACCUGCUAGCUUUGGCUAACAGUAAACAGACAUAAGCUGCUGUGUUUGGUGAUCACUUUCUAAUCUGUUCAACAAGCUAAUGGCAUAUUUACUGCCUUUAUCCUAACUUUUAUUUGCUUUUUUUGCAUGAUCUAAUGAAUGCACAAUUUUUAGAUGCUGUGUGUUAAUAUGUCCUAUACAUGAGAAAUGGCACUUUGUGUUCUUUACACAGUAACCCACGAUUUUUGCCUCAAACGUCUUUUUGUUGACAUAUUAAUGUAAACAGAAAGCACUCGUGCAAAGGUCUGUCAUUAAUAUCUGGUUACAUUUACAUUUUGUUGUCAAGUCUAUAAGUAUGUCUCGCUGUUUCAGGAAAGUCCAACCUGAUGGAUGCCAUCAGCUUCGUGUUGGCAGAGAAGACCAGUAACCUGCGUGUGAAGACUCUGAAGGACCUGAUCCACGGAGCACCUGUGGGCAAGCCAGCUGCCAACAGAGCCUUUGUCAGCAUGGUGUACCAAGAAGACAACGGAGAGGAGCGCUCCUUCACAAGGGUCAUCAUAGGUAAGAAUGGUUGAAAGAUUUAUCUAAUCCUAUUCUAUGAAAAACAUCCAGAGAUGCCAUUUUUGAGAAAUUCUGAGUGCUUUUCCCCUUUCUACUAAAAAUAUACAAACAGUCACUCUUUUAUACAUCCCUAUGUCAAAGUAUGACUGCAUAGCUAUGUUGCACUAUUUUUAAUACAGCCUACAUCCUGGAAUCCAGUCUUUAAGCCUUUCUGUAAUGACUCUACUUUUACUGAUUUAGAGGAGUUUACCUUUUCUAAAUAGUGUCAUCUUGUCAGGAAAACAUUUUAAUGCAAACACAUGAUAUUUGUUGUGGUUCAAUGUAACCCCUCAACAUUUUGUCAACUUUUUAUAGUUAUCUGUGCACUGUUUGCUUGAUGGCAAUACUGAAUUAACAACCAUGCAUCUACCUUUUCCAUCCAUUAAAGCAUUUGAUUUUUGUGUGCCUUGAUGGAAGACAAAACUCAAAACACUCUGUCCUUUUAAUGUGCUGAAGGAACUCAUGAAUAACCUAACCCUAAUAUGUAUUCUUUGUUUCUUGUGCAUUAGGUGCCUCCUCAGAGUAUCGCAUCAACAACAAGGUGGUGGGCCUGCCUGAAUACAGUGAAGAGCUGGAAAAACUUGGAAUUCUGAUCAAGGCCAGGAACUUCUUGGUUUUCCAGGUGAGGCAAAAAUCAAUUUCCAAUGAUAUACGAUGCCUUCAGAGGGUGCAAUAUCCAUGAUUUCCAAAGAGAUGUCAAAUUUUGAUUCUUCAGACCACAGCACAGUUUAUACAUUGUGUCUAUCCAUCUUUAAUGGGCCAGAACCAGGUCAUUGGUGUUUCUGGAUUGUGCGUGUACAGGGUUUGUUUUUUGCAUGGUACAGCUCCUUUAUUUUAGCUGUAACUGUAAACUGUUUUAGACUAGUUUUUAAAAGUGAUCUGAGGUCAUGCUAUCGUUUCCACUUCAGAGUCUUGUCUGUUUUUGAUGUGGUGCAGCUGAGGGACAUGUAGAUGGUGCCCCCCCCCCCAGUUCUGGUUUUGAACCUUGUCCUUUCUACACAGAGACUUUCCCAGGUUCUCUGAGUCUUUUUUAAAUUUUUAUUUUUAUGUAAAUUAGAUUAUGAAAUCCCCAAAUCUUGAAAUUUUGUGCUUGGGAACAUUUUUCUUAGUUUGUUGGACUGUGAGCUCAUGUGGUUUCUCAAGAGCUUUUCUUAUCAGUGACUCGGCCUCUUUAAAAUAUGCUGUUGCAAAUUGAAGUAAAUAGUUUCAAAUUGUUGUGCCAGGAACUUCUUUUAUCACCACACAGGCAUUUAGCUUUUUGUGGUCCCUGGCCCAACUUUUAGAACCUGUUGUAGGCAUCAAAUUGAAAAUAGACGCAUAUUUUUCACUGAACAUAUUUGUUUGGGUCUAACUAGGGCGGUGAUAAAUGUGCAGAACAGCAACAAAGACUUCUAAUCAGCACGUAAAACAGCAUACCAUUUUUUUUGGAACUGAGUUUGAUAAUUAUCCAGUGUUGACUAAAUGUCUGGUGACAUGGUUGUUUUCUGUAACUUUUUUUCUGACCCCUUUUAAUCCAGGGAGCGGUGGAGUCUAUUGCCAUGAAGAACCCCAAAGAACGUACGGCUCUGUUUGAAGAAAUCUCCCGCUCUGGAGAGCUAGCCCAGGAGUACGACCGUAGAAAGAAAGAGAUGGUGAAAGCAGAAGAGGACACUCAGUUCAACUACCAUCGAAAGAAAAACAUUGCUGCUGAGCGCAAAGAAGCAAAGCAAGAAAAGGAGGAGGUAUGCACAUGGUGAUACGGCUAUGUGUUUGAGUCCUUCAUGAAUCUUAAUUUGGAUUUCCUGUUUUGAUUUUAAACUCAAUCUUACGAGUUCACCUCAGUUUGGUCUGUAUUUCUCCACCUAUCAUGUCACCAGGCUGAGCGUUACCAGCGCUUGAAAGACGAAGUGGCCAGAGCGAGUGUUCAGCUGCAGCUCUUCAAACUUUACCACAACGAGACAGAGAUUGAGAAGCUUAACAAAGAGUUAGGCCAGCGCAACAAGGAAAUUGACAAAGACCGAAAGAAGAUGGACCAUGUGGAGGAGGAGCUGAAGGACAAGAAGAAGGAGCUGGGCCGGCUGAUGAGGGAGCAGCAGACCAUUGAGAAAGAAAUCAAGUAAGUGACAGGGAAUUUACAGAAUCCUCAAAACUUGCUCAUGUUUUCUUUCCAUUAAACUAUAAUUAAAGGGCUUCACUAAACACCUGAUUGUGCCCACAGAGAGAAAGACUCUGAGUUGAACCAAAAGAGGCCGCAGUACAUCAAGGCUAAAGAGAACACCUCACACAAGAUUAAGAAGCUCGAAGCAGCGAAGAAAUCUCUGCAAAAUGCCCAGAAGAUGUACAAGAAACGCAAGGGGGACAUGGACGAGCUGGAUAAGGAGAUGAGAGCGGUGGAGCUGGCGAAGCAAGAGUUUGAGGAGCGCAUGGAGGAGGAGGCGCAGAGUCAGGGACAGGAUCUUACUCUUGAGGAAAACCAGGUAUGAGCUUAACCAACUAGUUCCUCCUCCCUUACACACUUGAAGCAUGCAAAACAUACAGCCAACUUUCUCAUGCUCUUAUUUGUCUGAUUUAGUCUGAAUCUAACUUUUUCAUAUCAUUUUUUAUGUCAUAUGUUGUGAUGGUCAGUACAGCUAGUCUUUGAUUUGCUAAAGCUCAGUUAGCGGUUUUUCUUACUUCAAAAGCUGCUUAAUGCAGAUCCCAGGCUAUUGGGUGUGACCUGCAUGCCAUUAUUUUGAAUUAGUGAUGAGACUUAGCUUAAAAAUUCACUGACUUGGCAUGAACUUCUGUUCCUCUCACCCUCUCAGGUGAAGCAGUACCAUCGUCUGAAGGAGGAGGCCAGUAAACGUGCUGCCACUCUGGCACAAGAGCUGGAGAAGUUCAACCGCGACCAGAAAGCAGACCAGGACCGCCUCGACUUAGAGGAGAGGAAGAAGGUGGAAACGGAGGUAAAUGAAAUAUUAACUGCAAGUUUUCUUCGUCAGAACGUUAUGGUUGAUUUGAUCACUUAAAACCACAUAUAUCUGUAAAACUCCAGGCCAAAAUCAAGCAGAAGAUCCGUGAAAUUGAAGAAAACCAGAAGCGUAUCGAGAAAUUGGAGGACUACAUCACUACCAGCAGGUAUACUGCCCUCAUCCUUCAUAUUGAUUUAUCUGUACUCAGAUGUGAUCAUUGAUUCUUUAGGCGCUCUAUUCAUAUUCCUAUUCUUUUGUAUUACAAUCUUCAGACAGUCACUGGAUGAGCAGAAGCGCAUGGAGGAGGAGCUGACGGAGGAGGUUGAGAUGGCCAAGAGGAGAAUUGAUGAGAUUAACAUGGAGCUUAACCAGGUACUCAAUAUACACACUCAAAAAGAAAAGAAAACCACCUUCAUGGAGUCGUCUGAAGUGACUGAUUUCUGAAGUGUAAGACACAAAAAGUCAGCUGUGAAAAGAUCGUAACAAAUCUUAUUUCCUUCUGGUUGUAGGUGAUGGAACAGCUGGGAGAUGCCAGAAUCGACAGGCAGGAGAACAGCCGGCAACAGCGCAAGGCUGAGAUCAUGGAGAGUAUCAAAAGACUGUACCCCGGCUCUGUGGUAAGCCAUCCGUGACAGAAUUCAUAACUAUAUUAUCUGUUAAGUUUUGCCUCCAACACUGUUGUUUCUUCCCUCGCCAUCAGAUUUAACCAGGAGUCUCAUAAACACUUUGUCUUUGUCUUUCCCCAGUAUGGCCGUUUAAUCGACCUGUGCCAGCCCACUCAGAAGAAGUAUCAGAUUGCUGUGACCAAAGUAUUGGGGAAAAACAUGGACGCCAUUAUUGUGGACUCUGAGAAGACCGGGAGAGAUUGCAUUCAGUACAUCAAGGAGCAGAGAGGGGAGCCUGAGACCUUCCUCCCUCUGGACUACCUGGAGGUUAAUACAAGAUAAUUACUCAUUUAGAGUCUUUUGGGGAGUAAUCAGUUAUCAAAGUGUGUGAUCUUAAUGAAAACACACUUUUGUUGAAUAGAAAAAAAUCAGCCUGAAAGCAUCUCUGACACUGUGGCUGAACACCCAUUUAAUUUUCAAUUAUUCAUUUCAGAGCUUCUAAUUAAAUGUGAGUGCACAAUUUUCAAGAUUUAUGACUUUAGAUUAUAUCUUAGGUUAUAUACUUUUUACUCAAUAAGAGGCGUCAGCUCUCCCGCUGGAAUAUAACGUUCACAGAAAUAAAAACUCACCUUUUUGAAAUACCUUUUUAAAAAAAUCUCUGUGUUUUAUCUUGUAAAGGUGAAACCAACAGAUGAGAAGCUGAGAGAGCUGCGGGGAGCUAAACUGGUGAUUGACGUGAUCCGCUAUGAGCCUCCCCACAUCAAGAAAGCCCUGCAGUACGCUUGUGGCAACGCUCUGGUCUGUGAGAAUGUGGAAGAUGCACGAAGGAUUGCUUUUGGGGGACCGUACAGACACAAGGUGCCAAACUCGGCAAAAACAUAGUUUUUACAUGUGUUAUACAUUUAGAUGUAUUUUUUGUUGUCUAAUCUCAUUUUUGUCUGUCUCUGCAGACAGUAGCCCUGGACGGUACUCUAUUCCAGAAAUCUGGAGUCAUCUCUGGAGGAGCCAGUGACCUGAAAGCCAAAGCCCGGCGUUGGGAUGAGAAGGCGGUGGACAAGCUGAAAGAGAAGAAAGAAAAACUCACAGAAGAGCUCAAGGUAACUUCAAUUAUUUAUUCCUGCAUCAAACAGGGUGUGAUGCUCUUCAUGUCUGUCUGUCCAUGAGUUCAAUUUUAGAAAACCUCAGAAAGAAAAGAUGGUUGUCUUAGAAACGUUGUUUAGAGUGCCUGUGGAUAAACCCAAAAUUCAUAUCAUUGUUGAUCAUGCACUGUGGAAGAUUUCAGGAGCUCUGACCUCGAGGUUCCCCUUAAAUUGACUCUUCAUGCGUGUCCUCUCACUGCAUCUCCUCUAAUCCUAACCUAAUGUUUUUUUUUUUUUUUUUUCGUAGGAGCAAAUGAAGGCGAAGAGAAAGGAGGCAGAGCUGCGUCAGGUGCAGUCUCAAGCUCAUGGUCUGCAAAUGAGACUGAAAUACUCCCAGAGUGAUCUGGAACAGACGAAAACCCGCCACCUCUCACUCAACAUGCAGGUGCUGCCUGGCGUCAUAGCUUUUUGUAUUCAUCUCACUGCUUAUCGUGUCUAAAGUUUUAAACUUGUAUUAUUUCUUACAUGCAGGAGAAGUCCAAGCUAGAGAGUGAACUGGCGAACUUCGGUCCUCGCAUCAACGACAUCAAGAGGAUCAUCCAGUCUCGCGAGAGGGAGAUCACUGACCUGCGAGACCGCAUGAACCUGGUGAGACUGACACUCUGUGGACUCCAUUCGGCAGCUUGUCUGUGAGGAUUUGGCCUUGCAGUAACAUCAGUAUAAAUGUUUCCAUUUUCUAGGUGGAGGAUGAGGUGUUUGUGGAAUUCUGCAAGGAGAUUGGAGUGAGGAACAUCCGAGAGUUCGAGGAGGAGAAGGUGAAGAGGCAGAAUGAGAUUGCAAAGAAGCGGUGAGUUAUAAAAUCAGAUAACUUCUCUUUAUUAUGUAUAUGUUUAUUUUUGUGGUCUCUGACAUGAAACUUUUUUGUUUCAGCCUCGAAUUUGAGACCCAGAAGACCCGCCUGGGUAUCCAGUUAGACUAUGAGAAGAAUCAGCUGAAGGAAGACCAAGAGAAAGUAAUGAUGUGGGAGCAGACUGUCAAGAAGGAUGAGGCAGAAAUAGAGCGACUGAAGAAGGUGAAAACAUGACAUGAGAGGUGAAAAUUGGAUUCAUCAUCUCUCAAGUCCGUUAGUUCAAGUUCUAACUCCUGUGUCUGUUUUUGUCAUUUCUCUGACAUUCUGCAGGAGGAGCACAGACACAUGAAGAUCAUUGAUGAGACAAUGGCUCAGCUGCAAGACCUGAAGAACCAGCACCUCACGAAGAAAUCUGAAGUCAACGAUAAAAACCAUGACAUGGAGGAGAUCCGCAAAAAACUGGGCGGUGCCAACAAGUCAGUGGUUACAAACAAACAUUCAUGUUUCUUAUGUUAUUCAGUCAUAGUCGUUUAAUUUGACCACUGAGCUACAAAUGUGGCUUUCUUGUCAUUCAGGGAGUUGACUCAGCUGCAAAAGGAGGUCACAGCUAUCGAGACAAAACUGGAGCAGAAGCGCAGUGACCGUCACAACCUGCUGCAGGCCUGCAAAAUGCAGGAUAUCAGGCUGCCUCUUCGAUCUGGAUCAAUGGACGAUAUCAGUCAAGGGGAGGUGAGAAAGAAAAGAAAACACUCAUACAGUCUUUAACUUUGAAACCAGAAGGAUCGAAACAGGAAAUCACCGUUUUAAACAUCUUGUUCUGUAGGGGAGCUCUCAGACAGAUGAGUCCAGCAGUCAGAGGACAUCCAGCAGCGUUCUCGCUAAAGAGGCCCUCAUAGAGAUUGACUACAGUAACUUGUCUGAAGACCUCAAGGUAACUAGUUCAGUCACAAUUGCUUUUCAGCAAAACUCAGUAAAAUAACACCAGAUCUAAUCAGAAUUGAACAAAUCCUGUCUGUUUGACUUUCUAUAGGAUGCACUGUCUGAGGAGGAGAUAAAGGCAGAGACAAACACCCUGCAGCAGCGUCUGAAUGAGCAGCAGAGUAUCCUCCAGAGGAUCAGCGCACCCAACAUGAAGGCCAUGGAGAAGCUGGAGAGUGUGAGGGAUAAGUUUCAGGAGACCAGUGACGGUAAGAGAGCAGGAUUGAAUCCAGGAACAAGGAAUGAUGCAGUUUAAUCCACCCUCUCAAGAGCUCUACAUGAUGUAACAACUGUGGGAUUUCAUGGUUUUGAUUUCUGCCUUUUCCACAGAGUUCGAGGCUGCGCGUAAGAGGGCAAAGAAGGCCAAGCAGGCCUUUGAGCAGAUCAAGAAAGAACGGUUUGAUCGUUUCAAUACCUGCUUUGAGUCUGUCGCAACAAAUAUUGAUGAAAUCUACAAGGCCCUCUCACGCAACAGCAGCGCUCAGGUACACCUCAGUUUGAUCAAAAUUUUUUAAAAUGACCUGUAUAGGUAAAAUACACCAUGAAAGAUAUGGUUGAGGUGCUUUUCUUGACCUUACAGUAAACCAUAUUUUUCCCUCUUUCUCUUUUAUAGGCUUUCUUGGGCCCAGAGAACCCCGAGGAGCCGUAUCUGGAUGGUAUCAACUAUAACUGUGUAGCUCCAGGGAAGAGAUUCAGACCGAUGGAUAACCUUUCUGGAGGAGAGAAGACUGUUGCUGCCCUUGCUCUGCUCUUUGCCAUCCACAGGUGAGGAGUGUAGGAGUACAGAGCAGAUAUUUGAGUGAAAAAGUGUGUUUGUUUUAAGCUCAUGACGGUGCCUCUCUUUCUGCUUGUUUUAGCUACAAACCCGCCCCCUUCUUCGUCCUGGAUGAGAUCGACGCCGCUUUGGACAACACUAACAUCGGCAAGGUUUGUUAAGGAACACUCUCGAGCUUUAUUAGCGUGACUUGUAAUGUGAACUCUUGUUUUGAAACUCAUUAUGUUUUAUCUCUCUGCACCCUCAAGGUUGCCAAUUACAUCAAAGACCAGUCUGUGCAGAACUUCCAGGCCAUCGUCAUCUCUCUGAAGGAGGAAUUCUACACCAAGGCGGACUCACUGAUCGGGGUUUAUCCUGAGGUUUGUAUCUCAUUAUUCUGUUUUUAAAGAAGUGACUGUAAAACAUGAGGGAAAUUUUGGCCAGGAGGCUCCGACAGAAAUAUACUACAGUUAAUCUGCAGGACAUGAAAGGGGAGAAGUGAUUAUUCCUAAAAAUCUGUAUUUAGCAACUAAAGAGGCGACCCACAUUUUCAGAGUAUAGGUGCAAUUUUUGGGAUGAGCUUAUACAUCACUAACGACCUACAGUUUCUCUGGGUUCAGGUUAUUUCCUUUGAUAAAACUAAAUCAUUUAAAGUUGUUGAACACAGCUAAGUUAAUCAGGAUCUUGGAAUAAACGUUAUUAGUUAAUAAUAGGGAAAAACAAUGCUUUGAAAAAUUGAUGCAGAUUAAUCACAUACCCCACCAAUCUGAUCACAGCUGAUCUGUAAAUAAUGUAAAACCUUUACACACUUCAAGGUCUUCACACAAGCAUCACUGUCAAACAAACACACAAAGAAAAGUGAUUUUAUCGAGACUCCACACGCACUAAUCGAGGAGAGACCUUCCCAGUAUAGUGUGAAACUGCUGUUGCUGUUUUAAGUCUGAUUUUAAACAAACUAAUUUUGUGUCUCUUCCUCUUACAGCAAGGAGAUUGUGUCAUCAGUAAAGUGCUGACGUUCGACCUCUCCCAAUAUCCUGAUGCCAACCCCAAUCCCAAUGAAUAGGACAAGCACUCCCAACACUGACAUUUCAACAAGUGGGACGUUCUCUCUUUAGCCACAGAUCAUGUAUCCAUUAGGUCUUGUGUUUUUCUUCUUUGUUUUCACGUUUGUUUUUUUUAUUUUAUAGUAGAGUAAUGAAAUAGUGCUUUUUUUUUUAGCUGUGGGGGGUUGUUCUUUAUAGAUAGCAACAACCAGGCUGUAUGUACAUUUAUAUAAGUAAGCCCUUUCUUAAUUUGUCCCUCCAGGAGCCUUUAUAUUAAUCAGUGGAAAUAAUGAUGUAAUGUCAGGAGCAGAUCCAUCCUUUUUAACAGACUGUAGAAAUGGUACCAUACAUGUCUACUUAACCUGAAAUGACUUUUUUAUACUGUUUACAGCCCUCUUCACAGUGAUGUGCUUUAAGCCUUUUCCUGUCCUCUGUUUUGUGUAUUGAAUCAUGUAUUUGAAUUUCAUGUGCUCUUCUUUUUCUUUUUUUUUUUAAAAUUGAAUCAGAACGCUGUUACGAUAUGGUGGAUACAUUCCUGUAAUCAGUCUCUAAAUAAAACCCCAGUCAGCUACAAUCUGUGGUGCUACUAGAUCAUUGAGCCUUGUCAGAAAAUUAUGUCCUUGGAAAUAUACUGCAGUUAUGAGACUGUAUGAACUAAAGACAGUCUCUUUGUAUUCCCUCAGUGUGGUUCUGGAUCAGUUUUAGGUGAACUCAGUAUGACUCUUUCUGUCCUGCUGGUUUUAUUGAUUGCUUUGCUUCAAUAAAUAAAAUCUGUAUUAUUUAAGCCC